AUGUUGAAGUGCCCUUUUGGCUGGAGUUGGAGCGCUUGGCAAGUGGGUCCUUCUGCGGGAAGACGGAAGGUCUUUGCCAGUUAUCAGUUCGCCCAUGCUCUCGCCUCGCGUUCGCUCCCACUCCAGUCAGGUGCCAACUUUUCAUUUUUUUUUUCUAUCUUUCAUCAAGUAGCCUCGAACCUUUCGAUUAUUUUCGAAUCUGCUCAUUACUUCUAAAGCCGUACGAUUAUGAGUCCAAUUUGGAUUAACUGAUUCAAAUCAAUUUUUUCAUGUUUUUCUUUCAACGUUCAUCUAGAAUAUGAGGUGUUUGAAUUUCAAGCAUUCCAAAAAGUUCGUUUACUUACCUUUCAAACUGCUUCUCGACACAUUAUUAAGAUCUCUAAGAAAACAUGUCCUUUCUCUUUAUCUAUUUAUGCAGCUUCAACCUUUUGGCUAAUGAAAGGUUGAAAAAAACAUGUUUCUUCACUUUUUAGCGCAUCACUUUCUCGUUUACGACUUCUGACCGCACCAUUUACGGCGUGUGGAACAAACUACACAAAAACCAAGCCGUUUUUACCUUUGCAUAUUUAAUUUAUGACGACGCAGGAGCAUGGCGUCGACGAACGCGAGCGCCGUCAAUUCGACGGAGAACUGCCCCGAACAGUUCGGCAGCAUCGCCUUGGCCGCUCAGCCCAGCACAGCCACUCAGAUGCAGUACUUCGGCUCGUUCCAGACUCAGUACCCUACCGAUUUCACGAGGUUACCACUUUCUCUUACCUAAAUUUUAACAAUUUUCAUAUUUUCUCUUUCUUAACUGGAUGUAUCAAAUCUAAUUCUCUUUUCUCUUUUCACUGGCCACCUUGGUGAAAAAAAAUAAUGUACAGGGUUCUUUAACAUCUGUGAAAAUUACUAACAUUUAUUUUAUAUUUUUUUAUUUCUUAUUCUUAUUUUUGUGUUCUCUGGAAUUUAUGUACAAGAUGACCUUUUUUUCAAAAAAAUAUUUAUAAAAGAGAUCAAUUGAGAGGAGUUUUUGGAUUUAUUUGAUAUUUUGCAGAGGUUCAUUUUUUAUGUAUUCCAAGUCGAAAAUUUUUGCUUACUGCUUUUUUUGUAGAGAAGAAUUUUCAAAUAUUCAAAUCCCUAUUCUACGUUUUCUACUCUUUAAACAAAGUCGAAACCUCGAAGAGAUUCCAGCAAAGACGUCCGUUGAUAAGUUUCCCUAUUUUAAAAUAAUUUUUUCGAACAGUCUCUCAAGAAAUGUCGAGCAAAGCUUCAAAUAGGUGAUUCUUCUGAAGUUUUGAAAGUAUUAUAGAAAAUGACAGGAAUGAAAUUCGAAAUAAUGACGGUUUCUCAUGGCGCGGGUGCCUCUUCAUCUCUAAAAUAUAUUUAAAUCGAAACUUUCCUUAUAGAGUAUAUGAUGACCAUUUUUUAUAAAGAAUUCCCGAUUUCAGUUACGUUUCGACGCACCCGACAACCGGCUACAUCUACCCACAACAUCCGCAGUUUUCCAGUGAGCCUUCUUUUUUUUCUGAGUCUCGAAAUCCAAAGGAAAGAUCUACGUUAGCAUAACUCGCCGCAUAAAAGAAAAUAAUUGUAGCGCGCGAGAGUAAUUAGGCGCGUCGCGAAUUUUUGUAGUCGGCUGACUGGAACCUCGUACAAAUUACACUUUCCAUUUUCCUCGCCUCCGAACAGGCUUACUGGAAUUUGGUUUGAACCGCCUGUUUUGAAUUUGACACGUUAUCUUUCACCUUAAUUCCGGCCAAUAGCUCUAAUGAUAAUCCGAGACCUUUCUUCGUAAUCAGAGGCUGUGAGAAUGAAGCUUUACAAAGUACACUACGAAAACUUUCAUGGAUAUGGCGUCUGGUCUAUUCAAAUUUUUAUUUUGAUAUUUCUCAAAAAAAAUAUCGACAAACGAAAUGCUCAUGGCUGGACUCUCAUGGGAAGUUCUUUGUUUUCUUAUUACUAUUUCCUCUUGGACAAUUUUUUUCUUUAUAAAAAAAUCAGCUCUAUCAAGUAAAACAUCUGCUUUUCAUUUUCAUUUUCUUAUUUGGAAAGACUUCCCGAUCUGAAUGUGAUAACUUAAGAUUGGCAAAUGUUACCGUAACUCUUCCUCUUUGCACACCUACCUGAAAACUCGUUUUUUCCUGUUUUCUUAUGUGAUAGGAGCGCCUCUAUACCGUAAUCUCCCACGCUUUUUGGCCAUAGGAAGAUCGGCGCCGAUUGCACAAAUACAGAGAACAGACGAGUUUGCAAUUCACACGCUUUUCAAUCGAUUCGUUUUUUUUCAUACGAGAAAGCGGACGAUUGAGGUGCGACGGUGGCAAAAUAUACGGUAGAUUGUUUGGUUGAAAAUGAAGAAUUUGAGGGGACAAGGUUACUCGAACCGUUCCAACAACCUUGUGAUUGUUUUUUGCGCUUUCUUUGAGUCUUUGUGUGAGAUUAUUUCGAGUAAAGAAGGUCUCUAAAGUUUAAAAUUAUAGGAGUUAGAGGAAAUCUCAACGAACGUAGUUUGAGAGCUUUUUUUAAACCGUUUCACAAGUUUUUUUCAAGUAAGAUGAAGGAUAAAUAGCAAGUAAACUAGCUAAUUUGAUUUUUAAAAAAAUAGCAUUUUUUUGAAUUUGGUGAGCAAACUUCAAUCUAUUAAACUCAACCAGGUUGGAUAAUAAGUUAAAAAAACUUUCUGUGAAGUUUUUAAGAACUCUGGACUCUUUGUAUUCUAAAUCCGAGGGAUAUAAGACGCUUUGCCAAUCCAAACUAUAAAUAACUUUUUGUCCUUCACUUCUGCAAUUUUCGGUUUUUCGGUAGGCAAGUCCGAGCGCAGGUCCCAAGCGCUCGCAGAUCGGUAGCUGGACAAGUGGAAUAAUCUUGGUGUGUGAGAAGACUUGCGCAACAGAUGACGCACCGGUGUGGUGCACUUGUGGCCGCAGUUCAUACCCAAAUGAGCUGCUGACCACAGAAAACAUGUUGCGUCAAACUCCCGCGCAAUCCUAUCCGUUGAACUUGAUAUCCUAUUUACCUUAGGGUCCAUUGUUCGAGAAAAAAAAGCAAAACAACGACAAAAAAAACUUGGUGGCGUCUCACUAAUUUCUUCUCUGAAUGAGGAAUAUCGGUUUUGGUGGCAUGAACUGCUUCACUCAGUACAUAUUUGCCACUUAGGCACAUCACUGUCCGUUUUUGGGGCCACACGAUCGUCUCUGGCAGCGGGAUGCCAACGGUAACGCCUAUUUACACAUGUUUGUACAGUGUUUUGCCUCAACAAACAGCACGUGUGUCCACAAAAAACCGAUUGAAAACGCUUGAGAUGAAGAGUUUGUCGACGGAAAUUGGCCACUUGCUACCUCCAAUGAUCCUUUUGAGUUCUGACUUCCGUUCACUGGGUGGUACAACUUCGGGAAAAGUUCAGGUCGAGCGCUGAUUCUCAGACAUUUUUUUUGUACCUUCAAAGCUAUUGAACUUCCAGCCUCUCAACAAACUUCUCUUUACUAAAUCUCUCUCAGAAAGAAGUGCAGAUUUUUUUUUGAAAUGAAAAGCUUGGAUAAAAAUUUCAGGUGAAAAACAUAAAUCAGUGCAUCAAACUUUGUUAACUUCGAAAUCGUAUGGCACAGCUUUUAUUACUUGUUACCUCUUUUGAGGAAAAAAUUCAAUAGUUUGUUCAUUUUUCAGGUUUAAAGAUAAAAAAGUUAAAAAUUAAUAAUGUUUGUAAUUUUUCAGUCAACCGGUUCGGGACGACAAAUCAACUGAGUCUGAACCUGACCACCACUUCCAACAUAAUGAACAUGUCGCGACGGAAACGAAGAGUCCUUUUCUCUCAACAGCAGGUUCGCCAUUCUCCUGCCAACUUAUCAGCUCUGAGUCCUUCCCAGGUGGUCGAGUUGGAGCGCAGAUUUCGAGCCAACAAGUACCUCAGUGCACAGGAUCGUGAGAACCUCGCUCGCGCCAUCAACCUCACUCCGACCCAGGUGAGAUCCUCGGCUUCAUCUGCAGCUUCUGCCCACAAAAGGACAGCCAAUCGCGGCAGUCUGGUUCAUUUCGUCGCGCACGUAACAAGCUCUUCUUGCACUUUUCUUUUGUGUUCUGCGCUGACGCCAAUUGCAGCCACUUACUGUAGCUGGCAAAGCGGCGCCCGUUUUUUGGCAGCCGCGAUCGGACACCAAAAUUAAUUGUAGCUGGGGAUUUUUCUCCGGAAACAAUGUUCAAGUGCUGGAAAAACAAGUGUUUAACCUUCUCCUUAUCGAAAUUUUUUCUCAAUGAGAAAAUGCACCAUUUAAGAAGCAAAUAGAAAUUACACAACGCAAGAAUAAUUUAGCAAAAAAAAAGAAGAAGCCAGAAAAUCCUGAAAGUCUCAGUUUUCGAAAAAAAAUUAGAGCUUAAAGCUUCGAAACAGCCUAAUUUAACGGAUCUCCUUUUGGUAUAUCAUGGGGCUCUCUGACCAAUUUUCAAAAAAAUACUAACCGCAGACUAAAAUGAUCUUCCUUGUUAGCAUUACAUCAAUUGAGAUCAUAUUAAGCUUCAAGAGGUUUUUUUUUCUGCUCCUCUCUAAAGUUUUCGGAAGUUUUUUUCUGCUUAUUGAUGGGAAAGUCCUAAUAAAAUCUUGGAUUUAGGUGAAAAUCUGGUUCCAAAACCAGCGGUACAAGCACAAGCGGCAAGAGAAAGAGCGACGGAUGGACGGUAAUGGAAGUCGUCACAGUACCCGCGACGGCAGCAACUCUCCCAACAGCACUCGGAGCGGAAACGACAGUCCACCGUUCGUUCUUCACAGCUCCGAACAGUUGAUGAUUGUUGCUAUUCCCAGGAUCAAAACCGAGAUCGACGAGAAAGGAACUGUUUUCCCUUCGCCCGUGGUCAGCGAGCCUUCCUGCUUACCGGACCUCAGCAACCAAGCCCUCUAUCACCAGGUUGGCUUUUCUGCUAUUAACAGGGGACUUGAUAGGGGAUGGUUUCAAUAUUUCAUUCGAAUAGUUUUUUUCGAAUUCUUUCGGCGAAUUUGGCGGUACUUUCUUGCGUUUUGAAUUGCAGGAUCUUUUUCCUGGAUUUUUAUAGAAACAAGAGCUUAUUUCAAAAAGAUCUCAUGGCACACGGCUUUUUUUUUGAAACUCAAGAAAGGCCUGUUCAGAAAAUGUUGAGAAAAAAAGGAACUAGAAGAAGUUAAGGUAUUUUGCUCAUUUUUUUAGAGAAAAAAUGUCAAGAAAAGGAAAAAAAUUCAUUAAGUGAUCCUUGAAAACUUCAAUUAAGAUCUGAGUUUGGAGCUCUGACUUUUAAAUAUCCGGCCGUUCAUUUUUGAAUUUGGCGGCGGCCAGUCGCUUUUCGAAACGGUUCCUCGCUUAUUGCAUUGCGUGGCUAUAUUGGAUUAUCGCGGCAAACACUUGAGCUGCAUCCAAUUACCGAGUGUGUUCCAAGAGUGGGAGCAGAUGUCGUCGAGCAUUUUUCACCGUUAGACUUAACCUAAAUCCGAAAAAAAAUUAGAAAAUCAAGCGAAAAUGAACAAAUUUCAGGCCGUAUACCAGUCAAACACCUACAUGCCGCAAGGAUUCGCCUUCUACUCCAAUCCAGCCGCCUAUCCUCCGCCUCAGUGUUUCACAACCAACUUCCGACUCUGA